AUUUGCUGAGACAAAAAAAACAGUGUGCAUAUCAGUUUUCGCAAAAGUAGUGCGGUUUACCGUGGUUUUCAUUCUGGUUUUUAGUUUAGCUACCUUUGCACCACAACGAUGGCGAACAAGCCGCGCAAACAGCAGCACCAGAACCGCGGAAAUAAAGGCCGCCGUGGACAACCGUUUUCUGCGGCUAUGAAAAAACAACGCCGUCGGGAGCAGGCCCAAAGGGCACCGGUCUCACGCUUUAAGAAAAACCUGCGCCACAUGGAACGCAGCAAAGAGGCGAUGGAAGCGCUCAAGCGGCAACAGGAAGCAGAACGGAAGUACAAACAAAAGAUGAACGCAUCGGUGGACGAACGAGAACCGCUAGCGAGUGGGAGUGAUGACGAUGGAGAGGAACGGGAAGAUGAUUUCGAAACGCUGGUGAAGACGUUGGUCACCGGUAAAAAGGGAGCGGGCAAGCGAGAGGAGGCGAUCGAGAGCGAUGAAAGUGAGAGCGAAGAUGAGCAGGAUGAUGAAGAUGACGGUAGUUCAGUUGACGAAGAAGAUAACGCGAUGGUAGUCAAUUCUGCGGAAAGUUCGGAGGAAUCGGAACAAGAGGUUGAUGAAGGUGGUUCUGGAAACGAAUCAGAAGAAGAGGAUGGCAUCGAAGGGGAUCCGUAUAUGGCUCACAUAAGCCACAACAUAAGUUCCCAGUUGUUGGAAUCGAUUUCCGCAAGCCCACCUGUAGUGCAGAAGGUUACAACAAAGUACAAAAAAUUAGGGCAGUUGAUGAUCGAAAUUCCCAAGGAUCGAAGCAAAAACAAUAAUAAGACAACUCUGCUAGAGGAUGAGGAGACUUACGCUUCAGAAGGUACCAUCCCAAAGGCUUUGGAUAUAGAUGGACUAGAUCCUAAGAGUCUCUUUCUCAAAGAGAGAAUCCAAAGACAUUUGGGAGAACCAAUGUUUACGGAAUUGCAGGCCGAGUGUUUCUCAAUUUUGAACAACUAUCAGGAUCUGUACUAUUCGUCAAGAACUUUAAACAAUGGGGAUUCUCUCCGGUUCGUAUACUGCCUGCAUGCGUUGAAUCAUAUCAUUAAGUCCACGUCAAAGAUUAUGCAUCAUAAUCUAAAAUUGGCAGAGGCCGCCAACACUAAAAAGCAGAAGAAAAAAUCGAAACCAGCAAUUAUUUCUGUCCCAGAAUAUCGCGAUCAAGGACUAGUACGUCCGAAGGUUCUUAUUGUGGCGCCCUUUCGAAGCUCUGCCAUGAAGAUCGUUGAAACGCUUAAGAAGCAAUUUGCUGGCGAUGAUACCAAGGUCGUUACUAACUACAACCGCUUCCAAACUGAAUACGGAGGAGAUACGCUUUACUUCCCAAAGCAUAACCCAAAGCCAGAGGAUUACGAGCGGAACUUCUCCGGCAACACGGACGAUAAUUUCCGUAUCGGUAUCUCGUUCAGCAAAAGCUCCAUGAAGCUUUACACUAAGUACUACAACUCGGACAUGAUUCUGGCUUCUCCGCUAGGUCUCCGAAUGACUAUCGGAGCCGAAGGCGAAGCUCAGCGCGAUUACGAUUUUUUAUCGUCCAUCGAAAUGCUUAUCAUGGACCAGGCGGAAAUCUGUCUGGCUCAAAACUGGGAUCACGUUAUUCAUCUGAUGGACCACCUUCAUCUCCAGCCUCAAAGUACCGAACACACGGAUUUCUCGCGGGUUCGCUACUGGUGUCUGAACGGUUGGUCUCGUUUCUACCGCCAAACGAUUAUUCUGGCCUCUCACGAUCUUCCGGAAUUUCGAUCUAUCUUCAACAAUAAGUGCACGAACUACCGAGGUAAGAUCAGGACCUCAAAUCCCAUCAAAUCUGGUUCCAUCCGGCACGUAGUUGUACCGGUCUCGCAAACUUUUCACCGUAUCGAAGUGAGCUCCCUGGACCAAUCGUUUGAUUGCAAGUUCCAACAUUUCACCUCGGUUCUGCUGCCCCAACUACGAUCCAUCACCAUGGCUCGCUGCCUAAUCUACAUACCUUCCUAUUUCGAUUACGUCCGACUCCGGAAUUAUUUCAAAAAGGAAGAACUCAGUUUCGUUCAGAUUUGCGAGUACUCCAAGGAUGCCAAAAUCGCGCGAGCACGGGACAUGUUCUUCCACGGCAGCAGUCACUUUCUACUUUAUUCGGAACGGUCACACUUCUUCCGACGACCCCGCAUCAAAGGUAUCCGCCACCUGGUAUUCUAUCAGCCUCCAACUUACCCACAGUUUUACGCCGAGAUGAUCAAUCUGAUGGCCAACGAGUACCAAAACCGCAAGGAUGGCGUCGAUGCCAGUGCCAUGACCGUCACAGUGCUCUACACCAAGUACGACCUGCUACGAUUGGCGGCCAUCAUAGGUUCGGAACAGGCUUCCAAAAUUUCCGCCAGCCCGAAAGCGGCUCAUACUUUUACAACGCAAAAAUAAAUUAAAGAUGGUAUUAGGUAUGUGAUAACAAUAAAGUUAACUCAACUUUUGUGUUGCAACUGAA